AUGGAGGAUUUAAAAACUCCGGAGCGAUUGUUCCACAAGUCCUCUUUCAGCAUCAGCAGUCUGCUGUGGAGAAGAGAAGGGAUGGUGGAUGACCAGGACUCGCCCUCUUCCCCUUCCCUUCAUUCUGGGAAAACUUCUCAAGAGAACUUUGACAGCGACAAAAGCUGCGAAAACUCCAAACUAAACUCUAAAAAGGAUAUAAAACCUCCGAAGCGAGAGGAAAAUAAAAGGGAAGCAAAGACAACAGAAGAGGAAGAAAGCGUCAAACCCGAGAAACCUCCUUUUAGUUACAACGCGCUCAUCAUGAUGGCGAUCCGCCAAAGUCCAGAGCGAAGGCUGACGCUCAACGGCAUCUACGAGUUCAUCAUGAACAACUUCCCUUACUACCGACAGAACAGACAGGGGUGGCAAAACUCAAUCAGACACAACUUGAGUCUGAACAAGUGUUUUGUUAAGGUGCCGCGGCACUACGAUGAUCCCGGUAAGGGCAACUACUGGAUGCUGGACCCCUGCAGUGACGACGUGUUCAUAGGCGGCACGUCUGGGAAACUCCGGCGCAGAGCCACGGUCAGUUCCAGGAGCAAACUUGGUCUGAAGAGAGGAGGGGGAGGGCGACUGAUGGCCCCCAACACGGCAGCCAGUGUGACAUUAGCCGCAGCAAGCUCGUUUUACUGGCCGGUGCCGCCGUUCCUUCCUCUACAAGCACCGGUGCGCGCUCAUGUCGGCCCGGGGACCUACCUGCGCGGCCAGCCGCGCCUGUCCAACCACGCUGCCUCGGUAGUUUCUCAUCAGGCUCGGCUGAGUGCAGCAAGCUCUGCAGACGCUGACAGGUUCGUGCGGACGCGCCAGGAGAUGUCCUACAUCGGAGUCAGCUGCGCGCAGUCGCGGCGCCAUCAAAUCGGCUCCGCCUGCGCCUCCUUCUCCGCGACGUCCAUCCCCGCAUGCACCCUGCCUUUGUCGGACCCGUGCUCAUUUAACAUGAUCUCCGGACAGGCCAGCUACUUUUACUCCCAUCAAAUACCAUGCGCAGCAGCAUUUAGUCCAUGUCCAGAGGAGUGCGGUGCUUCCAAGACUGGACAACUUUUAUCCAAGAGCGGGCACUCAGAACGGGGAGGAUAUUGUACUGACUUUUCAAAUUACUGCCCUCAAGUCAGUUCAAGCCCUUCUUUUGGGAUAUAAAAUAUGAGACUAUAA